AUGCUGGAAUCAGAGGAUCCAAGCAAGAAAAGAAAAAGAAUAAGACGAGCUUGUGAUUUUUGUCGUUCAAAAAAGGCCAAAUGUGAUGGUAAGUCAUCAGUUUGUUCAAACUGUCUUACAAAUAAAGAGGAAUGUGUUUAUUCCCAGCCAAUGAAGCGAAGAGGCUUGCCAACAGGAUAUACACAUGAUUUAGAAAAGAGAGUCCGACUAUUUCAAGGAUUGGUAGUCCGGUUGUGUGAAGAUAAAUAUAUUCAAUCACGAGUAGAGAUUAUUCUAAAUGAGGGAUCAUUGGUGGAUGAUCUUGUGGAACUAGAGAAAUCAUGGAGCAGUAUUAACAUUUCCCAACUCUUCGAUCAAGUUGCAUCACAGAAUAAUUCGAGAAACAAUAAUGCUAAAUUUGCAAUUCACAAACCAACACCAACUCUAUCCGAUUCAUCACCUGUAUCAAUAUUGGAUAGCAACCCGCAAUCGACAACACUGCAAUGCCAAGUUUGUCAACAGAGUCAAGAUAGGAAAUCUAGGAAAAUACAUACACCAGAUCCACGGCAAGCAAUUUCCGCCUCACUGUCAACAUCGUUAACAACAACAGUAACGGCAGAUUGCAAUCUUAAUCCAGUUAACGCGAAUAAUAGACCCACUUCGUUAUAUCCCAGCGCACCUAGUCCUUUUGUUAAUGAUCUGUCUUUUUUUCUAAACUAUGAUGUCUUUCAGUUUAUUUCUGAUGAGAUUGAAGGUGUCGAAAACCCUGAAAGCUGGGAACCGGUGGCCUUGCAAUAUCAUGGAUUGUCUUCAAUAAUAUCUGGAUUCACCAAUAAAGUUGUACAGCAAUACAAUAGUAAAUUGAAUAAUGUUUUUAAAAACCCUUUCCGAGUGGGUUCCAUUUUCAAUAUUUCUUCAUUUGCCAUAAAUGCAAGUAUGACCAAUAAAUUUCAAAUGCCAAAGGAGAUAUUCCAAUUUCCCACAAACAUUAGGGAGCUUGUUGAUAUUCAUUUCCAAGUCCAUCAAUGCUAUAUUCCGAUGCUAGAUCGUGUUUCCUUAAUACGGCAUGUGAAUUAUCUACAACUGUUGCCAGAACAUAAAAGAUGUCUGAUGGAUGGUAAUAUUCUUGCCUUGGUGUGGGCGGUGGUUGCCCUAGGUGAGUUUAGUAGUAUUGGUGGAAGUGUUAAACAGUCACUGAUUUUUGCUAAAAAUGCCAUUAUGGCACUUGAAAACUCGUUUACAACUACAAUUGAAACCAUACAGGCAAUGAUUACUCUUGGAUUGGUCUAUUACCACUUAGGUCAAUGGGACUUUUCAUGGGUAUUGAUUUCGUCAGGCACAAGAAUGGCCAUUGAUGUUCGACUAAUGCGAAAUGCAUCAGACGAAGACAAUCCCAGGGUUCAAAGCAGCGCCAGUUUGAAUAACAUUAUUAGACAAAGAACUUGGGCGACAGUAUAUUAUGUCAAUACUUUGCUAUGUGCCAGAAUGGGGAGAUCUCCUGUAGUGAGAGCUCUGGAUUGGCCUGUUCCAGAGAUUAACAAUGAUGGAUGGGAAGAGUGGCUGCCUUGGGAAUGCUAUUAUGCACCAAAUGAUCUCAAAUUAGAGAAUGGCAAGUUUUUAUCCACGUUCAAUGAAACCCUCAAAGGUGUCUAUAUUUUAAAUUUAGCGAUUACAUCUACGAUUGAUACUUCUAGAGGCUAUUGUCAAAAUGGAGAGGUAAAGUCAGAACUCAAAAUUAAUUAUGAUGACAGACAGAAUUCAAAUAAUAUGACUUUAGAAAUGUUUAAUGAUAUGAUAGAUGUGUGGAUGAGUCAAUUACCUGAAUGCUUUAGAGAUGACGAUUCCAAUACUCGAUUAAAGUCGCCAUUAACCACUAUAUUGAUAUUACUACGUGGACUAAUCUGGUGUGUUCUAGCUGUUCGGUUAAGCUCUCUCAAACCUAAUAGUGAAAUUAAGGAUCAAAUCAUUCAAUUUAGAAAUCAAAAGUACACGGAAGCGAUUGUGGCAAUGAAAAAAUGCAUCAAUGAAGACAGCAAGAAUAUUUGGAAACAUUAUUUCUUAUUUGAUUAUUUCUUAAUAAUGACAUUUAAUUUCCCAGAUAUGAUGGAUUUUGAAUCUGAAUUUAUGAAAUAUGCCCACAUUCAAGAAAUGAAAAAUAUUCUUAUUAGUUGUUCGGAAACUUCGAUUCCUUGUAGUAUAUGUUGGGACUUGUUUAAAAUUAUGAAGAAUGGGACCAAUCAAAAGGACUCUUCUAAACUUCAUGAUACACCCAAAGCACAAGAAUCUCCCACAAUAGCUAAUUUGCUUAAUGAUCAGGCUGAAACAGAAAUAGUUGGACCUCAGCCACAGGCAGAAGUACAACCAGUUUCAUUAGUACCACCAACGGCACCAGAAGUUACGACAGAUCUGUCGUUAGCUUCAUUAGCACCAGUGCAAGCACCUGGGCAAGCACCCGGGAAAGUGGCUGUAUCAGCACUACCAAUAUCAUCAUCGGGAAUUGUUCCGUAUACUUCUCAUGAUAAAAACUGGGUAAAUCAAUUUACUCCAUCAACAUCCAUGUUACAAGAAUUACAUCAAGCACAACCUCAACAAAUACAUCUGAACCCAAAUUUCAAUCAGCAUCACAAGUAUUACCCACAACAAGUACUACAAGAAGAACCAGUUCAGCUGUCGUUGCACGUGAAUCAAAUUAAACAUGAAAACACAAAUUGGUCAUUCAAUAACCAUAAUCCCAAUGCAAAGUAG